GUCUAAUAUUAAAUCAUGACAGCACUUCUUAAAAGGCUAAAAACGUUUGCUUUGGCUGCAUUCGUUUUAUUCAUUUGUGUCGCUUGUCAAAAUUCCCAACGAUCCUUGUUUAAAAUAUGCGAUGACGAAGAGCUUAUAACAGCGAAAAUGGGUUCAAUUGUCAACAACGAAGGCCAGGAUUGUACAAGAAUAAUAAAGGCUCCCCAUGGUUGGCGGAUUGUCUUUCUUCUGCAUGAUUUGUUUAUAUCCGAUGGAGAUACAAAUAUUCAUGAUGGCGGUAGGAGGGAAGAUACUUUGAAGUAUACUGUUCCUGUUGGACAUGUAAUCAGUGGGGUGAGUUUUUACUCCUCGAGCAAUGCGUUAUUAAUACAUGUAGACAAAAGUUUGAAUCAAAAUAAUAAGCUUAAUGCAUCGUUUCAAAUGUUAUUAAAUAAUCCUAAAAAAUGCAGCUGCCCUCCGGUGGUUAAUGGAAAUACGGUAUGUAGCUUUCCACCUUAUGACAACAGUGGGAUAUUUUACAUAAAUUCAGAUCCGCUGGAUAAAGUUUGUACCACUACAUGUGAUGCUGGUCAUGAAACUUCUGAACGGCGUUACUAUUCUCAUAAAACUAUUGAGUACAAAUGUAAUUUGGACGCUAAGCAGAUGUUUUCCAAUUGGAUGUCAACCAAACGUCGUUUGCUAUCCAAUAUAUUCAAUCCAAAAUUAAUUUCGUGCAAGAUGGUCAUUCCUGCUACCCAAGUUCUCACAGUCAACACGUUUGUUUACAUGAACAUUCAUUGUAAUGUGGUCAAUACCACCAUGAUUACCAAAGAUGUCAGGAAUUUUCUUGUUAAAAAUCAUUCAGAUAUGAAUUAUUUUGGGGAAUGUUUCAAAGCAAACACUGAAAAUUGCUCAGUAAAUCCUGUUGUUGUAACAUGUUCAUCUGUGUCCAAUAACUCAAGCAACUCUCAAAUAAGGAUGGAAGUCCGUGAUAAUGUGAACAACAAUGAAAAUGGCACAUUAACAAGUGAGCUUUUUCAUUUGCUGUUUGAUGAUUUCUCAAAAAACUUUUCUAAGAAAUUAAAGCACUUUGUUGUCAACUAUCUUGUCAUUGGAAAUACAACAGCCAUGUCUUUCAGAAAUAUUGGUAAUUUGGCAAACACAAUUUGUCCAAAAAAUCAUGCAUCUCUUGCUAGCAGAAAGUGCAUUCAAUGCCCUCAACAUUCUUUUGGGAAGAUUGAUAAAGAUUUCUACUUAUCAUUUUGUGAGAUUUGUCCCAAAGGCAAAAGACGCCUCCCUAAUGAGACCAUAUGUAUAAAUGGCAGUCAAAUAUACCCAGAAUCAUCCAAUAACAAUUGUGUUCAUAAAUGUGAAUUGGGAAAAUAUUUUAACAACGCUUCUGGUUUGUGUGAGUGGUGUGAUUACGGUUAUUACCAAAACUCUUUGACUGCAUUAAAUCCAGUUUGUCACAAAUGUCCUGAAGACAACACAACAGCAUUUGUUGGAGCACAUGAUGUAACAAGUUGCAUGCAAAAAUGUCAAAAAGGCCAAUAUGCUCAACAUCUUAGGUGCAAUGAUUGUGCUUUGGGAUAUUACUUACCAUACGAAGGCAAUAGAUUCAGAAAAUGUUACAAGUGUCCUUCAGGAAACACAACGUUGCAGGUUGCAACCGUUAAUAUAACGGGCUGUGUUGAAAAAUGUACCCUAGGGCAAUAUUUUAAUAUUACUCAAAGGAAAUGUGUGUUAUGUGCAAACAACACCUACCAGGAUGUUGUUAAAGAUGGAAAUAAUAGGUUUUGUAAAACUUGUCCUCCCAACAGCAUUACAUUAUCUAUUGGAUCUUCUUCAAUAUCAGCAUGUCUUGGUCCUUGUAACGCUGGAGAAUAUUUAGACAUUGUGUCACAGACAUGUAAAUCAUGUCCCUUGAACACGUACAAUGAGGAAAGUAACCGCACAUUUUUCUCAUGUACGUUGUGUCCAAAACAUCAGAUUACAUCAAAUGAAGGCUCUAACAAUCAAUCUCGCUGCAUUUACCAAUGUAUCGUCGGAGAGUACUUUAAUCUUACAACAGAAACAUGUAGAAAGUGUCCAAACAAUACCUACCAAGAUGUUCCCGGUCAAAGUAAUUGCAAACAAUGUAAUGGAAAUACAUUUACAUUAACAGCCGGUUCCAAAACUUGUAUCUCUCCAUGUCGUUUGGGUGAAUAUCUGAACAAGUCUUCUAAAGCAUGUGAAAAGUGCCCUAUUGGUUAUUUCCAAAAUCAUACUAAUUAUGUAGGAAGUGAAUGUUUCCCAUGCCCAGUUGAUUUCUAUACAGAUGCCAUUGGUAGCUUCAACUGUAGCUCGUGCUCUUAUGGAUACGUUACUGUUGUUCGUGCGAGCACAUCGAUGUUCGAUUGUGUUGAAAAAUGUGAAAUGGGUUAUUUUCUUAAUCAUACUUUACGUGUUUGUGAAAAAUGUCCCAUAGGAUCAUAUCAAGACUUACGAAUGUACAGACAAGAGUCGUGCACGAGUUGUGGUAGGGCAAACCUGACUACGUUGGAGAGAGGAGCUAAGUCACGUGAACAAUGUGUUGGUUACUGUGCAUCAUCACCUUGCUUUAAUGGUGCUAAAUGUACCAACGUGGAAAAUGGUUUUAACUGCACUUGUGGUCUUCAUCUUGCUGGAAAACAAUGUGAAACUAUCGUCGAUGUUGUUGACACUGACAAAAUGACUAUAUCUGUCAUAAUUACCAGUUUGGUCUGGAACAACGCGUUGAAUGAUAAAGACAGCGAACAGUUUAAGAUCCUCGCGCAUAGAAUUGAAAAUGAAAUGCGAAAUUUAUUUAGGAAUGACACUUCGUUUCGUACCGUCAAAGCAUUAGAGUUCAGAGAAGGAAGUGUGAUUUGUUUAUUUGAAGUGAACUAUGUUGCCGGUAUAGCCUUCAAUAGUCCAUUCGAUACGGUUACUAACGCUAUUAUCGAUGGUAAAUUAGGUAGCUUUUCCGUCAACAAAACGUCACUAAGUUUGCUCAAUGAAACGUGUGGUACUCCACUAGGAAUGGAAAAUGGUAGAAUUCCAAAUAGUGCACUUUCUUCAGCAAACAAAGAUAAUAUUCAUCCAUUUACUAAUGCUCGUCUUCAUCAUAACGGUCCCGGAUGGACUCCAAGAGUUUAUCGUAUUGAAGAUGCUUAUCUUCAAGUUGAUUUUGGUUUGAUUGUUCAGUUGACAGGAAUUGCAACUCAAGGUUCAUCGUACGAUGGUGGUAAUUGGUUACUUGGCUAUAAUUUUAAUUAUAGCAUAAAUGGUGACGACUGGAUGGAGUACAAAGAAGAUACUGUUUUUUACAAGGGUUUUGGUGCAAACACAAAUGUCGAUGAUGUUGUUCGUAACAAUCUCAAAUAUCCAGUGAAGACACGAUAUGUUAGACUAAUAAAAUAUGUUACUUCACGCGUUCUGAGCUUUCGUUGUGAGUUCUACGGUUGUCCUAUAUCAAAAAAUGUAUUACCAUCAACCUAUUCAUCAACAUCUUCACCAACAGAGCCAACACACACUGAUGGUUCCACAGGUCCUUCACAUGACGGCGAUAACACUGGUCUGAUUAUUGGUGUUGUGGUUGCUGUUCUCGUUGUGUUUGUUGUCAUUGUCAUUAUUGUCGUUUAUUGUAAGAGAAAGAAAUCGCAUUCUUUUGGGUCGAAAGGAAUACCGCUGAAGCCAAUUACUUAAUGGCACUUCGUAAUUUAGAACAGUUCACAUUUUACUCUUGGUCAUAAAUUUUAAUUAUUGGUGAUCAUCUACAGUCAUCUACUGUCUUAUCUACUAAUGUAGCUGUUUUAUUUUUCACGGUAUUUCAAGUCAUGAUGAUAAUUUCAAGUAUUUCAAGUAAACACGGUAUUUCAAGUCAUAAUGAUAAUUUUGCAAUUAAAAUACAGAAUUGCUGCCUUCCUUUA